UAUUGGAUCUAAUAACAGAGGUAAUUAUAUUGAACUUGUUUAUUUAUUAAGUACGUCAGAUAAAUAAUGUAUUAAAAAUACAUAUAAAAAAAGAAUUAACUAAUCGCUACUGGAAGUCGGCUUAUUAUAGAAACACAGCUUCCCUAUCAUCAAAUGUCACGGCACGCCACUGCUCGACAGACUGGUUGCAUGUACAGUUCCGGUACACUGUGUAUUGAACUGUGGUUUCGGUUUCGGUUUCAUUUCUACUGCAUCCUUCCUUGUGUUUAGUUAAGUAGUGAGAAAAAAGGAUGGAUUCUAAGAGAAAAGCUGGUAGAGGAGAUGGCGAUCGAGGUAGAGGCCGAGCACGCAGAGGACGAAGUCGUGGUAGAGAGAGAGGUUACAAAUCUCAGUAUGACAUUCCAAUUAGAGGUAUACAAGACUCACUUUCCCCAGCAUCAAGACUCGAUGAAAGGCAAUCCGCUAGUACAGCAAGAGAUAGAACUAAUCUUGGUGGAGCACAGUUCCCUGAUUUUGAACUUGGUGGAGAAUUUCCAAGUACACAAGAAUUACCUUCUUCGAUAGCAACAGAAGAUGCAACGACUAGUAGAUCGCCUGCAAUAAUUACACCUGUUGAGAGUAUGAUAAGACCAUCUUUACGUACAGAAGAUGUUGCUCUAAUGGAACAUCCCUCAGUUUCUCAUGAACGUGAACAGUCAUCUUCAGCCAUGACUCUUGCUUCUGUAUCGCUGUCAAAACGUUCAGUGGAUAUUAUUACGACCGCGAUGAAAAGACUGGGUCUUGAAAUAACUAAUACUGGAUCUACAAGACAUAACUUUGCUAGAAGACCUGGCANUUUCUCCUAA